AUGAAUAACAGCAACUCAAAACGCAAGUUCAUUAAUGCAGAUGAUGAGCUCACUAAAUUUUUAAUCAUAAUAUUAAGACAACUACAAAAUGUUGAUCAAAUCACUGUUUCAGUCCCGGCAAGGUUUACUGUGGCGUAUCAGAAUGUAACAGCUUUGAAGGGUGCCACAGCAGUUCUUGAUUGCACUGCUGAAGGAGAUAAGCCAGUUUCAAUUACUUGGUUUAAUAAUGGGCACCAGCUUGACAGAAAACUUUACUCAAAUAUCACAUUGAAGGAAGAGGAAUCAGGAAAUGGAACAUUUUCAAGACUGACUAUCUGGGAUCUUCAAAGAGAACAUACUACUACUUUUGAAUGUGUGGCUUCAAACAAGUAUGGAAGUGACCAGAUGGAGGUAAAAUUGACAGUACAAGAGCCACCAGAACCACCAAUAAAUGUCCAUGUAAAUAAUUUUACCAGUCGCUCAGUAAAACUGAGUUGGGAAGAGCCGUAUAAUGGAAACAGUGCCAUUACAUCAUACAUUAUCCAGUAUAAAAAUGUGUCAGUGCCUUGGAGCCUUGAUGUUCCACAUAUUGAGGUGGACAGACUCCAGCAGGUAGCUUCACUGAGUGACCUCAUGCCAGCACAUGUGUAUCACAUAAGAGUUCUUGCUGUAAAUGAUAUUGGCUCAUCUAAUUACAGUAAUAUUCUCACAGUAACAACAAUGGAGGAAGUUCCUGAGGCUCCACCACGAGAUGUCAGAGUUAAAAUGAAAGAUUCAGAGACUCUGCUUGUAAGUUGGAAGAAGCUGCCGGAACACUGUAGAAGUAAUUGGAACUGGAAUACGACAACACAUUGCCCAGCACACAGUCACUCAAAUAUAUGUCCUUUCAUUUUGUGUGUUCAUGUGCCUAUAUAUGUACUGGAAAAUCCAGGAUGGAAUUUGUUAAUCAAUGGGAAAAACAGCUUGGAUCAAAAUAACCAUCUAGACAAACAGUGUGUGACAUAUGAAAUAGAUUUGAAGAAAAUUAAUUUGUUACAGAUGUACCAAGAACAGGAUGCCCAACAACAGUCUCAACAGAGGAAAAUGAACUGCAGUGCAAAGAAUGUUACACAAACAGAAGUUUAA